GGCAGCGCCGCGGGUGGGAGCGCCGCCGCCACUCGUCCGCCCCUCGCCGCCUCCCGGUCCCGGUCCCGGCUCCGCCGGCCGUCAGCGCUCGGGUGCCGGCACACGGCGGUAGCAGCCGGGCGGCGGGCAGAGCCUGAGCAGCUCGCGGAGCUUUGAGUUGCCGCCCGGCGCCUCCGCGGGUCACCUGCCCGGCCCAGGUGGGGCGAUGCGGAGCGGAGGAGGCUGUUUGGGAGAUUGCCGCCGCUUCUGAUGGAUGUUUUGUGUGUAUUUAUCUUCGCUCCCCGUUUUUCUUUCAUCUGAAGACGCAUCUGGCUCGAGCUCUGUUAAACUAUCUGCCUUCUGGUACCGCUCGUAGAUAACAGAAGGAAACCUGAGCCUGAAAGGCAAUCCCCCACCUUCUUCUACCUAACGUAACCCUUUCAGACGCCUUUGAAGGUUUGCUGGUGCUCCGGCGAUGAUGGCAGUGAGGCAUUUCAUCUUGAAGGGCUGGCUGCUCACGCACACUUUUAUACCCGCUGGAGUGAUCAAGGAAUCAUGUCUAGUGGAAGAAGUGCGUUUCUGUGCCUUGGAAUGAUCUUGGGCUUUUGGAGCUCCAUGAGUUGGAUGCCUGUUGGAGGAUGCCCGCAUAAAUGUACGUGCAUUGCUUCCAACGUGGAUUGUCACGGACUAGGACUCAAAACUGUACCGAGGGAUAUUCCCAGGAAUGCUGAGAGACUUGAUCUAGAAAAAAAUAAUAUAACGAGAAUCACAAAGAUGGACUUCUCAGGACUGAAGAAUCUCCGUGUCUUACACUUGGAAGAAAAUCAGAUCAGUGUGAUAGAACGUGGAGCAUUUCAGGAUCUAAAGCAACUUGAGCGACUGCGUCUGAACAAGAACAAAUUGCAAGUUCUUCCAGAGCUCCUUUUUCAGAACACGCAGAAGUUGACCAGAUUAGACCUCAGUGAAAACCAGAUAAAAGGAAUCCCUAGAAAGGCCUUUCGAGGAAUCGUCGAUGUGAAGAACUUUACUCUCAACAACAACAACAUCACCCGCAUUCCUGUUACCAGUUUCAAUCACAUGCCAAAGAUCAGGACUCUGCGGCUGCACUCCAACUACCUGUACUGCGACUGCCACCUGGCCUGGCUGUCAGACUGGCUGCGGCAGCGACGCACCAUCGGGCAGUUCACCUUCUGCCUGGCACCCGUCAGCCUGCGGGGCUUCCUUGUGGCUGAGGUGCAGAAAAAGGACUUUGUCUGCUCUGGUUCCCAAUCUGAACCACCAUCAUGCAGUGCCAGUUCCAUCACUUGCCCAUCUGCCUGCACCUGCAGCAACAAUGUAGUGGACUGUCGAGGAAGGAGCUUAACAGAAAUUCCAGCUAACCUACCGGAGGACAUUUGGGAAAUCCGUUUGGAACAAAACCUCAUCAAAGUCAUUCCCCCUGGAGCUUUUACCCAGUACAAGAAACUUAAGAGAAUAGACAUCAGCAAGAACCAGAUAUCUGACAUUGCACCGGAUGCAUUCAAAGGCUUGAAAUCUCUCAUUUCAUUAGUGCUCUAUGGAAACAAGAUCACAGAGAUUCCCCAGGGCCUUUUUGAUGAUCUUGUGUCUCUGCAGCUGCUGCUUCUCAAUGCCAAUAAGAUCAACUGUCUGAGGGUAAACACGUUCCAAGGUCUGCAUAAUCUCAAACUGCUAUCUCUUUAUGACAACAAAUUGCAGACCAUCAGCAAGGGGCUCUUUGCACCUCUCCGAUCGAUCCAAACUCUACAUUUAGCUCAGAAUCCAUUUGUGUGCGACUGCCAUUUGAAGUGGCUGGCUGAUUACCUGCAGGAUAAUCCGAUAGAAACCAGCGGCGCUCGAUGCAGCAAUCCGCGUCGCCUUGCCAACAAAAGGAUCGGCCAGAUCAAAAGCAAGAAAUUCCGCUGCUCAGGGUCAGAGGAUUACAGAAGUAAAUUCACUGGGAAGUGUUUCAUGGAUCUUGUCUGUCCUGAGAAGUGUCGCUGUGAGGGAACAGUUGUGGACUGCUCCAACCAAAAGCUCACCCGGUUACCCAGCCACCUUCCUGAAUAUACCACUGAUCUGCGUUUGAAUGACAAUGAUAUUUCUGUUUUGGAAGCUAUUGGACUCUUCAAGAAAUUGCCCAACCUCAGAAAAAUAAAUCUGAGUAAUAAUAAGAUCAAGGAGAUUCGAGAAGGAACAUUUGAUGGAGCUUCAGGAGUGCAGGAACUGAUUCUGACAGAGAAUCAACUGGAAUCAGUGCAUGGACGAAUGUUUAGAGGCCUCACGGGGCUGAAGACAUUAAUGCUGAGGAGCAACUCUAUCAGCUGCAUAAACAAUGACACCUUUGCUGGACUGAGCUCAGUGAGGCUUCUUUCUCUGUACGACAAUCACAUCAGCACCAUCACACCUGGAGCCUUCAGCACACUGGUCUCAUUGUCUACAAUCAAUUUGCUGGCUAACUCCUUUAAUUGUAACUGUCAUCUGGCCUGGCUGGGAAAGUGGUUGAGGAAGAAAAGAAUUGUCAGUGGAAAUCCACGCUGCUUGAAACCCUUUUUCUUGAAGGAUAUUCCAAUCCAAGAUGUAGAUGCCCAGGAUUUCACCUGUGAGGGUAAUGAUGAAAGCAGCUGCUUGCUUUCUCCUCCUUGUCCUUCCCAGUGUACCUGCGUGGACUCGGUGGUACGUUGCAGCAACAAAGGCCUAAAAGCUUUGCCUAAAGGCAUCCCAAAAGAUGUGACUGAGCUAUACCUGGAAGGAAACCACCUGACUGCUGUGCCAAAGGGACUCUCUGCCUUCAGGCACCUGACACUGAUUGAUUUGAGCAACAACAGCAUAAGUGUAUUGGCCAAUUAUACCUUCAGCAACAUGACCCAGUUAUCGACACUCAUCUUGAGCUACAACAGACUUCGGUGCAUUCCAGUCCACGCGUUCAAUGGGCUGAGGUCUCUUAGAGUGCUGACGCUCCAUGGGAAUGAUAUUUCCAGUGUUCCUGAAGGUUCAUUCAACGACCUGAUGUCCCUGUCCCAUCUGGCUCUAGGUACCAACCCUUUACACUGUGACUGCAACCUCCGCUGGCUUUCCGAGUGGGUGAAGGCAGGGUACAAAGAGCCAGGAAUAGCACGCUGCAGUGGGCCAGAAGCGAUGGUGGACAGGCUGCUGCUCACAACACCAACUCACCACUUCCAGUGCAAAGAGCCGGUAGAUAUCAGCAUUGUGUCCAAGUGUAACCCCUGCCUCUCCAAUCCAUGUAAGAACAAUGGGACAUGCAGCAAUGAUCCAGUGGAGUUUUAUCAGUGCACCUGCCCUUUUGGCUUCAAGGGCCGGGACUGCAGUGUGCCCAUUAAUUCUUGCAUUCAAAAUCCAUGUCAGAAUGGAGGGACCUGCCACCUCACCGAGGCAAAUAAAGAUGGAUUCAGCUGUUCUUGCCUCCUUGGCUAUGAGGGGGAGAGGUGUGAAAUUAACCCAGAUGACUGCGAAGAUAAUGACUGUGAGAAUAACUCUACAUGUGUGGAUGGGAUCAACAACUAUGUCUGUCUCUGUCCUCCUAAUUACACAGGUGAACUGUGUGAUGAGGUGAUUAACCACUGCAUUCCUGAGCUAAAUCCAUGCCAGCAUGAGUCCAAAUGUGUUCCAUUUGACAAAGGAUCCAGAUGCGAGUGCUUGCCUGGUUACAGUGGCAAACACUGUGAAAUAGAUGACGAUGACUGUGUGGGCCAUAAGUGUCGCCAUGGAGCCGUCUGCGUAGAUGCAGUCAAUGGCUACACCUGCGUCUGUCCUCAGGGCUUCAGUGGGCUUUUCUGUGAAACUCCUCCACCGAUGGUUCUGCUGCAGACAAGCCCAUGUGAUAACUAUGAGUGCCAGAACGGGGCCCAGUGCAUCGUCGCUCACCAGGAACCCGUCUGCCGCUGCCUUGCUGGCUUUGCUGGGCAGAAGUGUGAGAAGCUCAUCACAGUGAACUUUGUUGGGAAAGAUUCCUAUGUGGAGUUGCCAUCAGCCAAAAUUCGCCCUCAGGCAAACAUUUCUCUCCAGGUAGCAACAGACAAGGACAAUGGCAUCUUGCUGUACAAAGGAGACAACGAUCCUUUGGCUCUGGAGCUGUACCAGGGACAUGUGAGACUCAUCUAUGACACACUGAAUUCUCCACCUACCACAGUAUAUAGUGUGGAAACUGUAAAUGAUGGGCAGUUUCAUAGUGUGGAACUUGUGAUGUUGAAUCAAACUCUGAACCUGGUGGUGGACAAGGGGACUCCCAAGAGCCUUGGAAAACUGCAGAAACAGUCUUCUGCAAGCCUCAACACACCGCUCUACAUUGGAGGGAUCCCGACCUCUACUGGAUUAUCUUCAUUGCGCCAGGGUGCAGAUAAGACACCAAAUGGCUUUCAUGGAUGUAUUCACGAUGUUCGCAUCAAUAACGAGCUACAGGAUUUCAAGGAUUUACCACAGCAGUCGAUAGGAGUCCUUCCUGGCUGUAAAUCCUGUAACAUCUGCAAGCACGGCAUUUGCCGAUCCCUGGAAAAAGCAAGUGUGGUUUGUGAAUGUCACCCAGGCUGGACAGGCCCCCUGUGUGACCAGGAAAUUGGAGACCCAUGUCUUAACCACAAGUGUCUGCAUGGGAAGUGCAUGGCAGCCAACGUUGCUUACACCUGUAAAUGCAUGGAAGGCUACACAGGCAUGUACUGUGACAAGAAGAACAACUCCUCGAACCCCUGCAGGAUUUUGAAAUGCAACCAUGGGCAGUGUAAGAUUUCUGAGCAUGGGGAAGCCUACUGUGAAUGUGACCCCAACUAUAGCGGAGACCACUGUGACAGAGAGAACCUCUGCCAAGGGGAGAUCAUUCGAGAAGUGGUCCGUAAGCAGCAGGGCUACACGACGUGCGUCACCGCCUCCAAAGUGCCCCGCAUGGAAUGCCAUGGCAGCUGCAGCAGCGGGCAGUGCUGCGUCCCACUGCGGAGCAAAAGGAGGAAAUACUUCUUCCAGUGCGUGGAUGGCUCCACCUUCACAGAGGAACUGGAGAGACACGUGGAGUGCGGCUGCUCAAAGUGCUCAUAAGCCAUUCUCCAGCUUCUCGCCACUUUAAUCGACUCAGAAGUGCUAUCAAAAUGGGACCUAUUUACUUUCAGAGUGAAGAAGAAAAGAAUUAUUAAGUAUAUUGUAAAAUAAACAAAAAAUAGAACUUA